AUGUUCUUACCUGCUGAUGAUCCAUUUUAUAAUCCAAAUCCAAACACCACUAUAUCUCCUUACCAACUUACUGUACCUUUUUUACCUGCUAAUCGAUCCAGUGGAAAUAAUGACAUUAAUCCUGCAACCCGAAAUCCUUCCUUAAGUGGAAUAAAUAAUGUUACCCCCUUUUUUGACCUAAAUAAUAUUUAUGGUAUUAGUGAUCGGGACGCGAUGACCAGGCUUCGUGAUACUUCAACAAAUAGAGGAAAAUUGUUGACUUCUAUUGUCAACGGCCAACAAUUUCCUCCAAUAAACGCGUCCGAUGGUUCUUAUAUUUGGGGUGCAACUUCGGAACGUUCAUAUAGUAUAUUCACUUUGGCUAUCCAGACAAUUUGGAUACGAGAACAUAACCGUUUAUGUGAUGAAUUAUAUGCAUUACAUGGUGAUUCCUGGACUGAUGAACAAUAUUUUCAAGAAGCUAGGCGUUGGAUUACUGCCUUCUUUCAAAAAGCUGUGGCUGAAGAAUAUUUUGGCGCUAUUCUUGGCCGUCCUUUACCAGCAUACCAGAAAUAUAAUCCUGACCUUAAGCCAGGAAUUGACACGUUUUUUCAAACUGUCACAUUCCGAUACAGUCAUAGUGAAUUAAGUGAUUUUUACCGAAUUCAAGAUGAAUAUGGUGAUACUCUUUAUGAUUUGGCUUUGAACGAUCUUAAAAAUCUCACUCUUUUAGAACAACUUGGCCUAGACAGAGUACUUUGGUCAUUAGUUCUUCAACGUCAAGAAGAAGUUGAUAUUUUCUUUUCUGACUCGACUAAAAAAUAUAUUGGCCCUGAUAAAAAUAUUUAUGAUCUGGUUGCCUUUGAUAUUUGGAGUAGUAGAGAUCGUG